AUGGCUAAUGAACUGACUCCAUUCGGGAAACCGAUGCUGAAGCAUUGGCUGUUUGCCCCUUCAUACAAGAACCUGAAUAACGGUUCCUUCGGCGCACACCCCGCCGCCGUUCGUGAUGCCCAGCGGGCCUUUAUAGACCAGGCGGAUGGGCGUCCAGACCCGUACAUCCGGGCCCUCCACGCGGGACACCUUGAGAAGGCGCGUGUCGCCGUCGCGGAGGUUCUCAAUGCUCCGAAAGAUGAAUGUGUGUUCGUGAAGAACGCGACCACCGGCGUCGCAACAGUGAUGUACAACUUAAAUUUCCAGUCUGGAGAGGCCGUCGUAUACUUUGAGCCUGUCUACGGAGCCGUGGAAAAGGGCAUUGUCUCCUUGCAAGAGCACUCGAAUCUUCAAUCUCGGAAGGUGCACUUCCAGUUCCCCAUCACCGAGGACGAGCUCGAGAGUCGGUUCCGGGAAGUUGUCCGGAAGACUCGCGAGGAGGGUCUUAAGGUUCGUGCUGCUGUCUUCGAUACCAUCGUCAGUAACCCUGGAUGUCGCUUCCCCUUUGAGCGGUUCAUUGCCAUCUGUCGCGAAGAAGGCAUUCUAAGUGUGAUCGAUGGCGCCCAUGGCAUUGGACAAAUCCCACUUGACUUGAAUAAGUUGCAGCCGGACUUCUUGGUUUCUAACUGUCACAAGUGGCUCUACACUCCUCGCAGCUGCGCCGUUCUCUAUGUCCCCAAACGCAACCAGCACUUCAUGCGUACCACUCUUCCCACGUCAUGGGGCUUCAUCUCCGACCUCUCGUCCCCUGAAACCCCACGAUCGCUUCUUGAUGAUCCAAACGCGGUCAAGGAAAAGACUCCAUUUGAAGGACUGUUCGAAUUCGUCGCAACUAGCGAUGACUCCGCUUAUAUCUGUGUGCCAGCCGCGCUGAAGUUCCGCAAGGAAGUCUGCGGCGGAGAAGACGCUGUCAUGUCCUAUUGCAUUAACCUCGCCAUCGAAGCCGCCGACGUAGUCGCAAAUAUCCUCGGAACAGACGUGCUCCAGGAGCCGGACCUGAAGCCCGGAGAAGUCAGCAAUAUGCGCCAAUGUGCCCUGGCAACGGUGCGCUUGCCUAUUGCUGUUUCUGAUGAGCCUGUUGCAGGUGCAACUGUGACGAUUUCACCAAAUGAGGCCCCUGGUGUCUUUUCGUGGAUCCAAACGACCCUGAUGACAGAGCAUGAUACAUUCGUCCCUGUCUUCCGACAUGGCCCGUGGCUGUGGACUCGUCUGAGUGCUCAGACUUUCUUGGAUAAGAGUGACUUUGAGUGGUUGGGAGGUAUCCUGCGUGACCUUUGCGAACAGGUCGCGAAGAAGGAAGGCAAGUGGACUGCAACUUUGGCUGUUCAUUAA